AUGAGCGCAACACACGAUGCAACAGCCCCAGCCGGGAAUGCACACCUGGAUGUGAACGCGCCGAACAAAGAUCACGAUAUCACGAGCCCUUCUUCGACCGAUGUCAGUCUUACUGAAAGAGAUGGAAUCGUACAAAAUGGCGAGAAAAGUAUAAGAGAGGCCGAGGCUGGAGCGAAUGGCGCCGCUGCUGCGCCGACAGCACCUGGUGCGCAAGAUGGCGAACAUCCGCAAAGAACAAAGCUGCAGAUAUUCUUGAUUAUGCUCUCUCUGGCUGUGGCAGUUCUUCUCGUCGCUCUCGAUAUCACGAUCGUCACAACCGCUUUACCCACAAUUUCGGCAGAGUUCAACAGCGCCUCGGGAUACACAUGGAUAGGUUCAGCGUAUCUCAUCGCACAGUCGGCAGCCACACCAAUUUGGGGCAAGAUUUCUGACAUCUUUGGGAGGAAGCCUAUAUUGUUGCUCACAAAUGCAAUAUUCUUCGUGGGCUCACUCCUGGCAGGUGUGUCUGUUAAUAUGGACAUGUUGAUCGCUUCAAGAGUAAUCCAGGGUAUUGGUGGAGGAGGCCUUAUCACACUAGUAAACAUCGCCAUCUCCGAUCUCUUUUCCGUGCGAGAUCGAGGCCAAUAUUUCGGAAUUAUUGGCGGCGUGUGGGCUUUGGCAAGUUCACUGGGACCUGUCGUGGGAGGGCUCUUUACGCAAAAGGUUUCUUGGAGAUGGUGCUUCUACAUCAACCUGCCUUUCGAUGGAGUUGCUUUCCUUAUCCUCUUAUUCUUUCUCGAUGUCAAAACACCAAGGACACCGCUCCGAGAAGGUCUCAAAGCUGUUGACUGGUUGGGAUCGCUUACAAUGGUUGGUGGAGUUGUUAUGCUACUACUUGGCCUAGAAUUCGGAGGCAUAUCACACCCUUGGGACUCAGCGACGGUGCUAUGUCUCAUCAUCUUCGGAGCCGUCGUCAUUGGCAUCUUCUUCCUCAUUGAGUGGCGGAUAUCGCCAUAUCCUCUUAUGCCUCUUGACCUCUUCUCGAAGCGUUCGAACUUGGCUGCCCUGGCUACCUGUUUCUUCCACGCUUUCGUUUUCAUCAGCGGCAACUACUUCCUACCGCUCUACUUCCAGGCUGUGCUUGGCGCAACACCCAUCCUUUCUGGUGUUUAUCUGUUACCUACUGCGCUGUCGCUAUCGUUCCUUUCGGCCUUCACCGGUGUCUUCAUUAAAAAGACUGGGCAAUAUCUGCCCAUGAUCUGGUUUGGUAUGAUCCUGAUGACACUCGGCUUCGGACUCUUCAUCGAUUUCGACGUCAACACUUCCUGGGCCAAGAUCAUCGUUUUCCAGAUCAUUGCUGGAAUUGGUGUUGGGCCAAACUUUCAAUCCCCGCUCAUCGCCCUUCAGAGUCUCGUGCCGGUAAUCGAUGCUGACAUGCUCGCUUCUAAGAAACGCGACAUCGCUACUGCGACCGCUACUUUCGGAUUUACCCGUAAUCUUGGGUCGGCUAUCUCGGUCGUUGUUGGUGGAGUCGUCUUCAACAACGAGAUGAAGUCGAAACAGCCUCAGCUUGCUACCUCGCUAGGCCCCGAGACCGCAGCAAGGUUUGGUGGAGGCUCCGCUGGCGCCAAUGUAGGGCUUAUUCAAUCGCUUCCCGACGAGCAAAAGGCCGUUGCGCGAAAAGCGUUCGCCGACUCACUGAGCACCAUGUGGAUACUAUACGUCGCAUUCGCAGUUGUGGGGCUUGCAGUCAGUCUGCUGAUCACGCGCAACAAGCUCGACAAGCAGCAUGAGGAAACCAAGACUGGAAUUGAGGCUGAGAAGGCUAAGAGGCUCGAAAGGGAAGCUGAGCGUGCAGAGAGGCGGAAGAAGAGAGCUAGCAAAGGGUCUUUGCCACUCGAUCCUGAAGCGCAGGCGAGUGAUCCUGAUGUCUCAAGGGACAAGGAGACGACAGCAUGA